AUGGAGCGGCCGGAGGAGGACGGCAUCGAACUCCUACACAGCUACGCCCACGGCUUCAUGGUGUCCCAGGUCCUGUUCACCUCCUGUCAGCUCGGGGUGUUCGACACCCUGGCCCAGGCCCCCCUGCACGCCGCCACGCUGGCCGCGAGACUCGGUUGCAGCCUCACGGGGACCCGACGGCUCCUGGACGCCUGCGUGGCCCUGCGGCUGCUCAGCCGGGACGCGUCGGGCCUCUACGCCAACACGGACAUGGCCGCCACCUACCUGACCAGCGAUGGACCCAAGUCUCAGAGGGACAUGAUGCUGUACCUCGCAAAAACGCCGUACCAACUGUGGGCACACCUGGGCCAUGCGGUCAGGGAAGGGCAGAACCAGUAUCUCAGGGCCUUCGGGACGCCCUCAGAUGAUCUCUUCGCAGCCAUUUACAGGGCCGAUGAGGAGCGGGUGGCCUUCCAUCGGGCCCUGGAGGCCACGUGGCGCCUGGAGGGCCGCAGGGUGCUGACGGCCUUCGACCUCUCGGUCUUCCCUGUCAUCUGCGACCUGGGAGGCGGCGUGGGCGCGCUGGCGCGCGCAUGCGCGGCGCUGUACCCCGGGAGCCGCGUGUCCGCGCUGGACGCGCCCGACGUGCUGCGCGAGGCCCGGAUGUGCGGCGGCGGCGGCGGCGGCGUGCGGCUCUGCGCAGGCGACUUCUUCCGGGACGCGCUGCCCCGCGCCGACCUGUUCCUGCUGGCGCGCGUGCUGCACGACUGGCCCGACGCCGCCUGCCGCCGCCUGCUGCGCCGCCUGCGCGCGGCCCUGCGCCCCGGCGGCGCCGUGCUGCUGGUCGAGGCCUUCCCGCCGCGCCGCGCCCCCGCCGCCCGCGCCGCGCUGCUGCGCAUGCUCAGCCUCAACAUGCUGCUGCAGACGCGCGGCCGCGAGCGCGCGCCCCGCCACUACCGCCGCCUGCUGGCCGCCGCCGGCUUCCCGCGCGCGCGCCUGGCGCGGCCCCACGGCCCCGACGCGGGCGUCUACGGCGCCAUGCUCGCCACCACCGCGGCGCCGCGCCCCGGCCCGCCGAUUGGCUCCCCGGCGGAGCCAGGCCCCGCCCCGGCCCACGGAUAG